AUGUAUAAAUUUGAGCUUAGGAACACAAACCAAGCAUCAAAGGAUCGAAUCCAUUGCCUCGCUUUCCUGCACAGGAUCUUCUCACUCAUGGAUUCCAGAUUUGUGUCUGAUUACACUCCUAUUCCCAAUCUCGCAUCAUUCAAUGAAAGAGAAGCCUGUUUUUCUGAAGAGAUACUGGGCAUCUUCAACAACUGCUGUGAAGCCACCAAUCCCUACCUUCACUAUGAGCCCACACAAGUUUUUAAUCCGCAAACCCAAUCACUCCAUCCCCAAGAACAUUUUUAUGAUUACUGCCAUUUCUUAGAAACACCCUCGAAAAGGCAAAGCCCAUGGCUCCAAACCCCCCUUAUGGAAGAAGAAUACAUCUCCAAUAAAAAUCCUUCGGUUCCUUAUGAUGGGUUCCUUUAUGGGGAUGAUGUUCAAGGUUUCUGGCAUUUGCCGGGAAUUGGUUUUCAGGGGUCAAUUCCUUCAUUUUCUGGCGAGGUCGCUCAAAAACCGGCAGCAGUUUUGUCGGCCCAGAGUGUUGCUGCUAGGAUAAGAAGAAAGAAGAUCAGCGAGAAGACUAGAGAGCUUGGAAAGCUUAUUCCUGGUGGUACAAGGAUGAACACCGCCGAGAUGCUGCAAGAAGCAUCAAAGUAUGUGAUUUUUUUGCAGGCCCAGCUCUCACUCCUCGAGUUCAUGGCUUCCAAUGAUUCAACCCUUGUCAAAGAGGAGCUUGGCAUUCUAUGCAGCUCUCCUAACAUUCAAGAAAAAUUAUAUGAUGAAGGGAAGUGCAUUGCCUCCACUCAGUUUGUGAAGUCACUGAUCCAAGAGCCUAUGUUACAUGAAAACCACGACCUCCAUAGGGACCUCAAAUGCCUGGUUCAAUCACUAGAGUUCUAA